AAAUUUUAAUCCUUGCCAAAUCUAAUUAUAAAAUGUCCAAAAAUCAAAAAAGAUUACACAGAAGUAAACAUUAAAACUAAUAACUUUAACUUUACUUAUGCUCAGUUAUGUAUAAUAAACAAUUAGUUAAACUACUUCGCGGCUCGCGCAGCCUCGACGCAAUAUAAAGCAGUCCCUGCCCAGUUAUGCAAACAUGCAGUGGUUAGCGGACAGGGUACACUAAAGUGCAAUAAGGUGCGAGAGUAUAUUGUGCUCAUGCCUCAUAUGCUGCCUCUUGGCUCUUGCUAAAAUCGUUCAAGAGAUUAUUUAAAACGUAACCUAAAAAUAAAUAUUUUAACUCAGUUAUGAGAUUUGCAUGAAACAUUCAGUAAGAUAACCCAAGUUUAAUGCCCAGUUUUUUUAUGCAGAAGUAUUGGUAUGAGGCGUAAUUAUCGAACCCAAAACAAGACUUAGCGACCGUUCCAUCUGAUGAAGUUAACACAAGGCGAGAAGAAAGAAAGCGGAAUGCGGCACAAGCAUAUCAGCUACAUGGGUAGAUGAUUUGCAAUGCAAAACGUUCGAAUUAAUUUAUAGCAGGGCAUUGUGAAUUUUUGCUUCCAUACUCGCCAAGUAUAUGUAUAAAAGUAACGAAGAAACAAAACAUUUUCUAAGUUCAUCGCAUACACAAUGGCCAGUCCAAUCAAAAUAAAAAUGACAGUAGACCAGUGGUUUGCAAAUUACAAGCAAUGGAUUACUAAAAAUCCAAAUUUAGUUUCCGAUAUAGAAAGUACGAUAAAGUACUUAUCAUUUUUCACAGCGGGAAAGUUUAAUAGCACAACUUUGACAUCUGAAAUUGUAUACUCUUUACCAAAUCUCAUGGUACUUUUUAACGAUCAACUUAUUAGAGCUAGCAGAAAUACAGAAACAAAAUUACCAUCUCUACAAUCAAAGAUAAAAAUAUGGUUGACCAUUAUUGAUUACACUGAAGCUUUGUUUGAAGUAUCUGCUAAAAAAGUCUGGGGAGAAGGAGGUAAAUGGUUUGUCAUUGCACUUAUUCAAUUGCUCAAAGUUGUUAUGCGAUUAUUUCUGGUCUUCCGGUAUAAAGAACGAAUUACUCAAACACCUGCAAUACCACCAUUAGACAGAGAAAAAUUUAAUGAAAAGAAUGAUGGACUGCAGCCAACUAGAGAAGCUUUUUCAUUGAAACGAUCUGGAAAAGUUAUCAGAACUGUUAGAAGCAGCGCUUCACAUCCAAGAACAUGGACACCACCAGCUUCUUCUACUUUUAUUGAAACAGAAGAACUGAAUGAUUCAACUAUUGGAGCUCUAAAAAAAUCCCUUCUUAUAGCUGAGACAAUGUAUAUUGUUAAACCACUUUUGCACCUUGGAUGUUUGUCCAUGAGUGGACCCAAAAAUUGGAACCCAUGGCUCUUAUCAUUCCUUAUUGAUCUUGCAAGUUUAAAAAUUUUGAAUCAAGAAACUAGACUCAACAGAGAAGAACAAGAGGAAUUAAGUCGAAGAAGACUUGGGCUGCUUCUGUAUAUAUUACGAUCUCCUUUCUAUGAUAAUUGUAGUAGAAGAAGAAUCAAUGCUUUACUUGAAACUGUUUCUAAAACGGUUCCACUUGCAAGAUUAAUUGCUGAGCCAUUAGCUAGAUAUCUACCACAUUGGCAAAAUACAUAUUUCUACAUGUGGUCAAGUUGAACUGAUAAAAUUGGUAUUUGUACAUGAAUCAUUUGGAGGGUGUAACAGAUAAUAUAUUGUUAAUCAUAAGAAUUUUUGAGAAUCACUAUUGUUUUGUUGUUAAGCAGUAUCAUAGAAUAUAUGUCUCUUGGAUUUAAUCAGGACUUGUAUUUUUAACUAUUUGUGAUGUAAAAUUAUUUGAAUUUAUAAACUGUGGAAUGUAAUUUUGACGUUUGUAACAUUUUUUAUUGUUUUUUUGAUAAGAAUUUUUUUGUGGCUAGUUUGUAAUUAUUUGACUAGAAUUCAGAGGUUUAUAUAGAAUUGUAAAUUCAAUAUAAUUGUGUUGAUCAAGUGCCAUUGCGCAUCAAAAUAUUGAAUAGUUGAUAUACUCAAAAACUAUACAUUGAGCAUUCCAAACACAAUAUUUAUAAUUUGAAGGGUUGAGGAAAUGAAUAAUUUAUACUUUUCAUUAA